AUGAUCCGAAAUUUUGUCUUGUUAUUCGUUUUUUUGGCCGCACUUUCUAUGGUCAAUGCUUUUCCAUCUCAACUGGUUAAAAGGCAGGCUUCAUUUGGGAGAUGUCCAGGAUUUCAUGAUAUUCUAAUAAUCACUAAUGUAACGCUUAAUCCUGAUCCUCCAAAAUCGAAUUCUCAACUCGAGGUUAAAGUUUCAGCAAAGACCAAUGAUGAUAUUGUUAAUGGCACUUUAUUCAAUCUUGAAAUGUUCGGUGAAACUGAUGGCGUAUUCUCCAAUUUCACAGACAUUUGCGCAACAAUUGAGUGUCCAACUAAAGUGUUUGAUUUUGACAAGACAUAUGAUUUAGGAGGUUUGCCUUCAUCAUACGGCAUUAAAGUUGCUAUUUUAUAUCAGAGUAGUUUUUCUGCUUGUGGAUAUACUCACGUCCAAUAA